GGCGGAGACAGAGAGAGCUAUACUUCAGUGCAGCCUGCCAGACUUCUUCAGGAAGAGUAGUGGAAAAAGGGGCACACGUUCUUUCGGUGCAGUUGAGCUUCUACCUGCCUGGCAUUGGUCACAGUUCAACUUCUUCACUAUGGUAGACCCUAAUGGCAAUGAAUCCAGUGCUACAUAUUUCAUCCUAAUAGGCCUCCCAGGUUUGGAGAAGGCUCAGUUCUGGCUGGCCUUCCCAUUGUGCUCCCUGUACCUUAUUGCUGUGCUAGGUAACUUGACCAUCAUUUAUAUUGUGCGGACCGAGCAUAGCCUACAUGAGCCCAUGUAUAUUUUCCUUUGCAUGCUUUCUGGCCUUGACAUCCUCAUCUCCACCUCAUCCAUGCCCAAAAUGAUGGCCAUAUUCUGGUUCAAUUCCACUACUAUCCAGUUUGAUGCUUGUCUGUUCCAGAUGUUUGCCAUCCAUUCCCUAUCUGGCAUGGAGUCCACAGUGCUGCUGGCCAUGGCCUUUGACCGCUAUGUGGCCAUCUGCCACCCACUACACCAUGCCACUGUGCUCACGUUGCCUCGUGUUGCCAAGAUUGGCAUGGCUGCUGUGGUACGGGGUGCUGCACUCAUGGCACCCCUGCCUGUCUUCAUCAAACAGCUGCCUUUCUGUGGCUCCAAUAUCCUCUCCCAUUCAUACUGCCUACACCAAGAUGUCAUGAAGCUGGCCUGUGCUGACAUCCAUGUCAAUAUCAUAUAUGGCCUUAUUGUCAUUGUCUCUGCCAUUGGCCUAGACUCCCUUCUCAUCUCCUUCUCAUAUCUGCUUAUCCUCAAGACCGUGUUGGGCUUGACACGUGAAGCCCAGGCAAAGGCAUUUGGUACUUGUGUCUCUCAUGUGUGUGCAGUUUUCAUAUUUUAUGUACCUUUCAUUGGAUUGUCUGUGGUGCACCGCUUUGGCAAGCAGCAUGACUCCAUCCUACCAGUCAUCAUGGCCAACAUCUACCUGCUUGUUCCUCCAGUGCUCAAUCCUAUUGUCUAUGGAGUAAAGACGAAGGAGAUCCGGCAGCGCAUCCUUCGUCUUUUCCACGUGACCACCCAGACUUCAGACCCGUAGAUGUCAGCGCUCCAACUUCUUUCCCGUACAAAGUCCUUUGAUUCAGAUUUUAACAUCAGCAUUUUGGAAGACAGUAUCAAGAAAAACAA